AUGGCGAUGAUGUCAGCAUCUUCAGCAUUUGUUUUGACGUCCAACGUCACGGCAGCCACCGGCGCUUCGUCUUCAAGGAACUCCGUGUCUUUCUUACCGAUGAGAAACGCCGGUUCUAGACUCGUAGUCAGAGCAGCAGACGAGGCGGCUCCGGCAACAUCUUCAUCGGAAGGUGCUCCAGCAACUUCCGUGGCUCCAGCUGGAGCUACUGCCACCAAACCCAAGCCAACUCCGAUCGGUCCUAAGAGAGGUUCCAAGGUCAAGAUCCUAAGGAGAGAAUCCUACUGGUUCAAGAACGUUGGAUCAGUUGUGGCUGUUGAUCAGGACCCGAAGACUAGGUACCCUGUUGUGGUCAGAUUCGCGAAAGUGAAUUACGCCAACAUAUCGACCAACAACUAUGCAUUGGACGAGAUUGAAGAACUCAAAGCUUAA